AUGACUAAAGAGAACGAGGAGCUUCAGAAGGCCGGCGUGCGUUUGGAGCAGGAGAACGAUGCCCUGGCACAUGAGCUGGUCACCAGCAAGAUCGCCCUAAGGACUCACCUGGAGCAGGUGGAGGAUAAAGCCGAGCAGCUGAAUAAGGAGCUAAUGGAAGCUAGAAUGAGGCUUGUGGAGGCUAUGGAGGAGAAGAGGAUGCAGGAGGAGGAGGCAGCAGAGCUGAAGGAGGUGUUCCGGAGACAGCUGGAAAAAGCAGAAUCCGAGAUGAAGAAGUCUACCGCCAUCAUGGUGCAGUACAAACAGAUCUGCUCUCAGUUGAGUUCCAGACUGGAGAACCAGCAGGCUGUUGCCAAGGCAGAGCUGAACCUCCUCAAGAGCAGAGUAAUAUCAUGCGAGAGCUGCCGGGAGGUCCUCAACGAGGCGGGGCUGUCCCAGCUGCCGCUAACCAAUGGCAACAGGCGGGACUCAGGGCUAGAUGAGGAGACUGACUCGCUGAGGUCACAGCGACAGGAGGUGGAAGUGGAAUUGGCCCAGGUCAAAGUGCAGCUGGCGGAGGCGGAGUCCAGAAUCCAGGAGCUGGAGCACCAUAAGGGGGCGCUAAUGCACGAGUUCCAUAACCGCAGAAACUCCUGGUUCAAGAAGGCACUGGGCUCCCUCAAGACACCCACAGUGCAGCAGUAGUAUAACCCCUCCAAUAGAUGCAAGAUGUAUUCAGACUCAGGAUUCACCGGAGUUAAUGCGAAUUAGCAUUAUCCUAGCAGGCACCCUUAUACACAGUGACUCACACAGUGCCUUGCCCCAGGGUACAGCCUCAGUGCUCCACCCAGGAAUUGAGCAAGAAUCCUUUCGAUCACAAGCCCUGCUCCUGACAAGUGCAGCGCCCUGCUGCCUACAUAUAACUCUGCAUGGUCUUAGGAUGGUGAUGGAACUGCAUGCUUAGUUACCUGUGAAGUGACAGGUAUACCCGAAAGAGCUGAAAUAGUGGAAGUGUGUCCCCUCCAUGUGUGAUUCAGGCUGGGUGACCACCAGGGGGCAGUCUUGGACAUAGUGACAGGGGGAAAGAGGCUGCAGGGUAUGACAUCCCAUGACGAUAUAGCUAUGUACCCCAGGGGGUUACUACUGCUGGGCGUGUCCUCAACUGAUGCACCCUCUUGUCCCACCCCCACCCCACAUUCCACUCUCAC